ACUAUUUCAAGCUAAGCAGGAGCCCAGCGACUUCCGUUCCAGGUUUACUGGAGCUCCGUCAGCCUUUCCCAACCUUCUCUGCCCUUCCAGGAGCCCCUUAGACCUUCCGACAUGGCUUGUCCCCUCUUUCUGGAAGGGGAGAAUUGUAAGCCUUCUUGGAAGGAAGCCGCAGCGGGCUACAAUCCAGAAGACACUCACUUGGAAAUCAUGGGGAAGCCGGUGAUGGAGCGUUGGGAAACCCCCUACAUGCACGCCUUGGCCAGCCUGGCUGGAUUCUCUACGACACGUACCCCUUGUCAGAAGACACCUGGCACACCCAUCAGUUUGGCUUCAUCAAGGCUCAUGCCCAUCGCCUCCUGAAGCCAGGCGGGGUCUUUACCUAUUGCAACUUGACUUCCUGGGGGGACCUGAUGAAGAGCAAGUAUUCGGACCUCGAAAAGAUGUUCCAG